GCGUACAAUAAGGAAGUGGAGAGAUUAUAAACAUAAACAUCCAAACAGCUGAGUGUGUGUCAGCAGAUCGAGAGAGAUCGUCGAGCGAGUUCUGAUCCAUUCAAGAGCUGCAUGUGUGUCUGAUCCGCUGCAAAACCAGAAAUCAUGUCCAAGAAAUCCAAGAUCUUCCUGAGUGGAGUAGUGGAGGGGUUUUAUGGGAGGCCGUGGACUAUGAGCCAGAGGAAAGAGCUCUUCAGGAGGGAGCAGAAAUGGGGCUUGAACGGGUAUCUGUACGCUCCAAAAGAUGAUUACAAGCACAGGAUGUACUGGAGAGAUCUGUAUUCCCUGGAGGAAGCAGAUCAACUCAUGACGCUGAUCUCUGCUGCUAAGGAGCAUAACGUGGAGUUCAUCUACGCCCUCUCACCCGGGCUGGACAUCACCUUCUCAAACCCUAAAGAGGUGGCGGCGCUCAAGAGGAAACUGAGCCAGGUGUGUGGGUUUGGCUGCCGGUCGUUCGCGCUGCUGUUUGACGACAUCGAGACAGAAAUGUGUCCAGCUGAUAAAGAAGCUUUCAGCUCAUUUGCUGAAGCUCAGGUGUCCGUGACCAAUGAGGUGUUUCUGCACCUGGAGGAGCCGCAGACCUUCCUCUUCUGCCCCACCGAUUACUGUGCUGCGUUCUGCUCUCCCAGCGUCCCUCUGUCUGCGUAUCUGAACACGGUCGGAGAGAAACUCAACGCUGGGAUCGACAUUCUCUGGACAGGGCCGAAGGUGGUGUCGCAGGACAUCAGUGUGGCGUCUAUAGAGGAGGUGUCAGCUGUUCUGAGGAGACCGCCGGUCAUCUGGGACAACAUCCACGCCAACGACUACGACCCGCAGAGACUCUUCCUGGGACCCUUCAAGAACCGUCCCACGGAGCUCAUCCCUAAACUCAGAGGCGUCCUCACCAACCCCAACUGUGAAUUUGAGCCCAAUUUUGUGGCGGUUCACAUGCUGGCCACAUGGUGCAAGUCCAGCUACGCACAGAAAGACGUUCCCAUGGAUGGAGACGAUCAGGGGUCGGACUACAACCCCCAUGAGGCUUUGCAGCUCGCACUCACAGACUGGCUGGUUGAGUUUAAUAGAGCUGAUCAACCUGACGGCUCUGGCGCUCGCGGCGGCCGCUCUAAACGAGACGCGUCUGAAGAGGAGCCGAUGCAGACGGACGGUUAUGUUCCCGGACCCAAAGACAACCCGCUGUACACGGCCGAGCCGCUGACGCUGGCGGACCUGACGCUGCUGGCGGAGCUCUUCUACCUGCCGUACGAACACGGGCCGACCGCCCUCGUCAUGCUGCAGGAGCUGCACUGGCUGCGCUCCAACUGUGACGCUGCAGCGUUCGGCGACGCGGCCGACGAGUCUGAAAAGGGUAAAGAAUGGCGACAGAGAGCCGAGAAGUUUGAUGAAAUGUGCGGCGCUGUAGUGCAGAUGUUCAACAGACUGUCCAACGUGCCCAACAGGAUCAUCCUCUAUGACCUUUACAACUACAUCUGUGACAUCAAGAGCGGCGUCACCAUGGCCAAAGCCUACGUCAAAACACUGGGAGGGCGGACGCCUCAUCCUUCUCUGGCUUUGACUGACGAUCCGGAGCCGUGGGGCUUCAGAGGCGCUUUGUCUGGAGAAUUCCAGAGGAUGCUGCCGUCGCAUGGAAACCGCGACCUGUUCCGCAGUCCUCCCGCCACACGCGUGUACACCAUUCGGCCCUGCACUCCUAAAGAUCAGCCGGAGGUGAUGAAGAUCUUUAAAGAGAUGCAGACUGAGACGCAGCAGAAGGUCGAGCUGGUUGGCGACCGGCUGGUCGAGGGUCACGUGACGCCGUCGCAGAACUGCAGUCUGAUACUAGAUGAUGCGUCUGGGGUUUGCGGUUACGUGUUCGCUCUCAGUGAUGCAAAGACGGCCAUGACUAAAUCUCAGUAUCCAGAGACGAUGCUGCAGGAUUUCCCAUCAGUCAUGGCUCUUCAGAUCCACUCAAAAGUCCCAGAUCACGAUGCAGCCAAGCGUCUGAUUCUACAGGUGCUGUCAGCGCUGAGAGACAGCGGGUCUAAAGGCGUUUUCAGCGAGUUCAGAUCCAACGACAGAAGGAUGUUUGACUUCCUCAAGACGCUGAACGUGUUCCAGGUGCUUAAAGUCGAAGGGCUUCCGACAAACCUGGUCAUCAUGGGAACUAAACUCUGACACCUGCAUUCACACACACACACAGUCAUCUGACUGGUAAUUUAUGUUCAGAUGGAUUUUUGUUUGGAUUCUUUGAUUCAUGAGUGUUUGCUUGUUUUGAAAAUCUGUAUAAAACUUAUUAACACUAAAUUAAUAACAUUAUAAAUCAAUUCUGUACUGAAGGACACCUAAAAGAAAUCAAAAUGUCUCAAAUUAAUAAUAAAGCUUUAUUUGCAUAUUCAUUUUAA